GAGAACAAGCUGGGUGAUAUCUGCUUCUCGCUGCGUUAUGUGCCCACAACUGGAAAACUGACUGUCAACAUACUGGAAGCCAAGAACCUCAAGAAGAUGGAUGUUGGCGGGCUGUCGGAUCCGUAUGUUAAGUUAUCCCUUAUGCUGGGUGGAAAACGGAUAAAGAAGAAGAAGACGACAAUUAAGAAGUGCACACUGAACCCCUACUACAACGAAUCAUUUGCCUUUGAAAUUCCGUUCGAGCACAUACAGAAAGUAACCUUGAUUGUCACCGUUGUGGACUACGACCGGAUCGGCACAUCUGAAGCCAUUGGUCGUGUUGUUUUGGGCUGCAGUGCUCAGGGCGCUGGUCUGCGUCAUUGGUCCGACAUGCUAGCCAAUCCUCGACGGCCAAUUGCCCAGUGGCACACACUGCAGGAGAUGCCAGAAAAGGGCUAA